UUAUAAUUUUUUUCUUAAAUUAUACUAUUCCUCGAAAUCAUUGUCGCCGCCGACAGACGAAUGUUUGUAUGCAUGCACGUUGCGCGUGCGUAUUUGUAUACGAUUCGGCAAUUUUCGCCUGUUGAUCGCGAAGUGGCGGAACCCUAAAUUAAGUUUUCAUGUUUCGAAUUGGGGAACAACGAUCUUCGUCGAGCGUAAUUGAGAACGACUUUGGAAUUGGUUGAGUUCUUGAUGAUUGAUUUCUAGGUUUUGACGGAUUGAGUAUUAUGGAAUUAGGCGAGGAAAUAACAUCAUAUAGAAUAUGAAUUUGGAUUGGAAAAAACAGAGAUCAGACGGUGUUGCUGUCAUGAACAGCCGGCUGUUUGAAGGGUCUGCUAAGGAGUGCCUAAACCGAGAGAUUGCUUGCCAAUAUCAAAACCUAAUGUAUCACCAAACUAAUGACAAUCCUGCGUUUCUUGGAGCAUCUUCAUCUCAUGAGUCCUUUUUGCCUAUAUGCCGACCAAGUGCAGGCUUUGGGUUCCCACUAGGUUCUUAUGAUCCAAAUCUGCCGUACUUUGCCUCCAACUAUUCGAUGACAUCCAAUUCUGGCUCUAGCAUGCUCAGACUCGAUGAUAAAUAUAAUCCACGACACUUUCAGAAAUUUUCACAGGAUGAUCACAGGGGUUUCACUAGGCUAGUUGAUUCUGAUUGCAAAGGUAAACCUUCGUUUGAGCAACUAUGUGGAGAGGUUUUUUCUCCUGAGCAGUUGUCAUCUGUCACAACAUGUUCUGAUGCAGAUUGUUAUUCUGAUGAGACCCCAUUUAAAGUUGGUGCUCUUGGUGCUUUCUCAGACCCAACAUCAGGUGAUAAUAUGGCGCUAGAUCAAUUCAUCUCAUUGUGGAUUCAAGAAGAUACAAGUGCUCUACCUAGCAUGCCUUUGAGUAAGUCCAAAUUAAGGCAUGAGCACUUGCCCAGUUAUGGACUGCAGGCUCCUACAUCAGAGCACUGUCGUCCUCCAUCUUGUCCUCCUGCACAUGUUGAGAUCUCUUUGGGGACCCAAAUGUAUGGCUACGGAAUUCAGCACCAGAAGUUGCAUCACAAAGUGCCUGUAGAGAAGUCAUCAAAACUAUCCCAGCUAUCCUCAAAAAGAUUUCUCAGUGCUGAGCAAAAAGGAUUUAGUAAUGUUCAAGCUCCCAGGCCAACAUAUUCAAUUAGUUAUUUGCAAGAUAUUCUAAUCGCGUAUCUCAGCUUCAAAUGCAAGCUAGAGGGUCUUGAAAGGAGGCAAGAAUUUGUGAAUCAUUUGCAUUAUACUGUGUGUACGGCGACCCAAAUCUGCGAGUGUGUAGAUUAUCGUACUUUGAUAUCACACUUCCACGACUGUCGCAACACUAAUUGUAAUUUAUGUCAACCAGUUCGUCAGUGGUGCCAUUCUAAGAAAAUUAGUGCAGGGCCUAUCUAUGAGUCGCACCCUAUGAAGAAAGUUACAUCAGAAUCAGGAAAGUCGAAUCUAUAUGUGUCCAGAGAUCUCCGUGCUAGAGAUUACAAUCUUCCGGACGUGCAACCCAAACCUAAACGAAUGAAAAUAGAGAAUGCUGCUAAGUUUGACAACUGGUCCCUGCAUGCUGUUAUCCUUCCACACAUAGAGCAGCGUGAAGGAGGUCUGGUGGAUGUUGAGGAUUAUAUGGACAAGGCAAACAAAGAACCGUUGAGCUCCAAGGAAGCAUCAGCAACAGCUGUAACUUGGAAUGAAACUGCAGGUGAUGGUGGAUCAAUGUGGUCUAGAAUAUCAAAUGGACUCCUAGGUGUCGGCCAGCUACCUGAAGGCCAUAUAGUUUCAGCCUCAAUGAACGAGGUUCCCAGAUCCAUAGGCAACUUUGGGAAUAGCCUUCAAACUUUUAAUGAUGCUCUCAAUCUUGAUAACAUAAAGCUGGGAAAAGAUGAUGCCAUUUCUCAUUCUGAAUGGCACAGGUUGGUUGUUGAACAGCUGGAUAUGGGCUAUAUCAAGACUAGAAAGGAGGAAAGUGUAACUUUUGGCUCUCAAAGUACACAUUCUGACGGCAUUGAUGUUCUUCCUCCAAUUGGGAAAAUUCCUCAAACUUCUAGUGAUGCUCUUGAUCAUGAUAGCAUAAAGCUUGGUAAAGAUGUUGCUAUCUCUCAUUCCGAAGAGCAAAAUAUGGUUGAUGAACAGCAGGAGAUAGUCUGUGUCAAGACCAGCAAGGUGAAGACUGAUGUGACUUAUGGUUGUCAAGAUAUAAACUCUCCCAACAUUUCUGUUUUUCCGCAAGUACUUGAUUCUGGGAGAAGUCUUAGAACUUUUAAUGAUGGACAUGAUCUUGACAGCACAAAUCUUGGAAAAGAUUAUGCCAUUUCUCAUUCUGAAGAGAACAAUUUGCUUGAUGAACAGCAGGAGAUAGGCUGUGUCACGAUUAGCAAAGUGAAAAGUAAUGUAACUUUUAGUUCUCAAAGUUUAAAUGCUAAUGGCAUUUCUGUUCUUCCUCAAGACUCACCAAUUGAUGAAGGAGAGAACGCCGAACUGAUGAGUCAGGCCGAGCACGAGAGGAUAGAUGCUAGAUAUGUUUUAGCGAAACCUGACUAUCAAUGUGGAAGAAAGUUGGACAAUUUGAAACCAUCAGGUGUUUCCUUAACUGAUUUCUUCACUGCUGAGCAAAUUAGAGAACACUUGUGUAGUCUCAAUCAAGAUAUCAACCUGACUGUUGGGCAGGAUCUACAUGCAAGCAUGUCUGCGCAGACACUCGGAUCAAAUACAUGUCAGUUAUGUGCUUUGGACACGCUCACAUUUAGUGCUCUGGCUAUGUGUUGUACAUCUUGUGGAGCUCGAAUCAAACACAAGUUGACUUAUUACUGGACAAAAGAUGGAACAGGUGAACGAUACUGCUUUUGUACAGUAUGCUUCAAGGAGGCUCGUGGUGGUAAUAUCUCAUAUAGGGGGCUCUCAUUUCCCAAAGCACAGCUUUACAAGGACAAAAACACUGAAGAAUCUGGUGAAGCAUGGGUACAAUGUGACAGAUGUGAACGUUGGCAACACCAGAUUUGUGCUCUUUAUAAUUCUGAACGGGAUCUGAAAGGGAAAGCAAAGUACAUUUGUCCAUUCUGCCAGUUAGCUGAGAUAGAAGCUAAAGGGCAUGUACCGAUAACUCCAGUUACUGGGGCACAAGAGCUUCCAAGAACCAAGCUUAGUGAUUACAUAGAACAAAGACUUUUUGGGAGUCUUCAGCGGGAGAGGAAACAGAGAGCAGAGUUUCUAGGGAAGAACCCUGAAGAGGUGCCUGGAGCGUCUGAUCUCACAGUCAGAGUGGUGUUAUCUGUGAAUAAAAAGUUAAGAGUGAAGCAGCAGUUUUUAGAUAUUCUCCACGGUGAGACGUAUCCAUCAGAAUUUCCAUAUAAAUCUAAGGUGAUUCUAUUGUUCCAAAAAGUUGAAGCAGUGGAUGUAUGUAUCUUCGCUAUGUUUGUCCAAGAGUUUGGGUCAGAAUGCGGGAACCCAAACAAGCGUUCUGUAUAUAUUUCCUAUCUUGACUCAGUGAAGUACUUCAGGCCUGAAAUAAAAACUGUGGCUGGUGUUGCUCUGCGUACCUUUGUAUAUCAUGAAAUACUGAUUGGAUAUCUUGAUUACUGCAAGCGGCUUGGUUUUGUUACCUGCUACAUAUGGGCUUGCCCACCUUUGAAAGGGGAAGAUUACAUACUACAUUGUCAUCCUGAGACUCAGAAAAGACCAAAUUCUCAUAAGCUGGUUCAAUGGUACAAGAAGAUGCUUAAGAAGGGCAAGGAAGAAAAUGUUGUGGUUGAAUUUACUAAUUUCUAUGACCAUUUCUUUGUUCCGAGUGGAGACUCCAACUGCAAGAUAACAGCAGCACGGUUGCCUUAUUUUGAUGGAGAUUACUGGUCUCGUGCCAUUGAAGAUAUGGUACAAACAAUUGAGAAGGAUGGUGGAGAAUCUGACAGACAAUUGAAGAAUCAAAUGACAAAAAGAACUAUGAAAGCAAUGGGACAUAAUGAUCUUUCCGCUGAUGCAACAAAAGAUAUUCUAGUUAUGCAAAAGCUUGGGCUUAAAAUGCUGACUGCAAAGGAAGAGUUCUUGGUCGUCCAUUUGCAGUUCACUUGCACAAACUGCCAUGAAGCAAUACUGUCUGGAAGUUUUUGGUCUUGUAACCACUGCAGCAAAUUUUACUUAUGCAGCAGAUGCCUUGAACAAGAGCAGUAUUCCAAUUUACUGGAAACUCACACUGAGACCUUUGGGGUUAAACACCACCUCGAUAAGAUACCAGUCAAUGAAGUAGCAGCUGAUACUGACGAUAAUGAUGGCCUUUUGGAUAAUGAUUUAUUUGACGAUAGACAGUCUUUCUUGAACUUCUGUGAGAAGAAUUUUUACCGAUUCGACUCGCUUCGUCGUGCUAAGCAUUCAUCAAUGAUGAUCAUUUAUCAUUUCCUUGCAUCAAGGUCAAGACCAAUGGAAGCCAUUUGCUCUAUUUGUAAUCUGAAUGUAGUGGCAGGAUGGUAUUGUGAGAUUUGUCCCCAAUUUGAUGUUUGCGAUGCUUGCUUUCAAAGGGAGGGGGAUCAUUGUCAUUUUCACAAGUUAGUUAAGCACCUGACAAAGGCUGAUUCCAGAAAAAUGAGCGAACAUAUGCAGCAGCAAGUAACAACGGGGGCUAAUUCCAGAGAAAAGAGUAAACAAAUACAGCAGUAUAGCUUACCCGAGAUUCUGGAUACACUAAAGCAUGCCAAUCAGUGUCUAUCCACAAAAGACAACCCCUGUUUGAACCCCAAAUGUCGUCUUAUCAAGAACGCAUUCCGGCACACCAAGGGUUGUAAACGUCGUGCAGUUGGUGGUUGCAAUUCCUGUAAGAGAACAUGGGACAUGAUUCAAAAGCACUCACAUGCUUGCAAAGAUUCUAAUUGCCAUAUACCUCGGUGCAUGGACAUCAGAAAUUAUAAAAGGAGCCAGAAAAUGAUGUUGAGCAAAGAGGUGGUGUAAAUAACUUGAAUAACAUUGUGCUGUACAGAAUAGAGUUGUACAUAAAGAUUUUGAGCAUGGAGAGCUGCUGGAUUUACUGUUCAUUUGAAGCUGUAAAUACACAGUUAGCAGUAUGAGCGGCUUGUUCAUAUGAUAUCUCACUUCACAGUUACUAACUUUUUCCACACUAAGUGUUACGACGUCGUAUCACUCUCCUCCAUUUUGUCUGUACUGAUAUGACCUAAUUAACCUGAAAAUUUGUUAUGUUUAGCAAAA